AUGUUUUUCAUCCCUGUCGAAGAAAUCUUCAAAUAUUUCCCCAGUUUUUCGAAGGACCGAGUGAAAUUCUUACGACGUUACAGCUUCCUAAGCCUUAUGUUAGGUGCAGGAGCCGUCAUGAAGUCGCAUAGGCCGGAUUUCUCCGUGCGCAACUACACACCAUCGUAUUUUUAUAAGUACCAUUUGGGGAAGUUAAAGAAUAAGGGGGUGAUCGACGAGGAGAAGUACAACAAGCUGUUGAAUGCACAGUGA